CAAGAAGAACAAGCAAAAAAACUUCACGAAACUGCCAAGACAAAAUACAAUGAAGCUAGACGUAUUGUUCCUCAUUUUCACCACCAUGGCCUCUCUGGCCUGUGGAGCUCCUCUUCCCACCACCACAGACACCACUGUGGACACUCCCACUCAACAACCCACCACACCUCCACCAAGCCUAAAGAAACUAUCAGAGGAUGCAAACCGAGCCUCACUUGAAUCCUGGCAGUCGGCAAGCAUCCUGCUCGGCCAUAUCCAAAAUGUGAUCCUAGCUGGCUAUGAGGUCCCUCCGUCCCCGACCUGCUUCCAAGAGGAGAGAGAUCCCAUCACGUACGAGCAUCCUCACCCAAGCACUGACUUCCAGGCCAACCUUAUCAACGACUACACCUCUCUAUUGAGCUACAGAGACUACUUUGAUGACGUGUCCACAUCCAACAGCGAGCAGCCAAGCUCGGCCACUACUAGAAGCCCUAAUGAAGAAGACCCUAUAGCAUCCCCUAAGGCAAUCUACACAAUCGAGCUGAAGGACUUCACGUCAAGCCUGAACACUCUACUAGUAAACAUGGAGAAGCUAUUGACUGCUCAAAACUCGAGUUCCCUAAGCUUGGAAUCAAAUACUGGAUCUAUCCUACCCACCGAAUGCUAUGAGAAAUGCUAUGGACAGCAAGUUAGUGUGCUCGAAGACUAUCUUACCCUCUCCUACAACUACAUUCCCACCGAUAUUAGUGGCCUGUCUGACUCCAAGAAAAACUGAACAGUAUAAGAUUACACAUCGAAAUUACUAUUGUACUCGACAAUGAUAUUUAUUUUAACCAUUGUAAAUAGUAUGCUUGAAUGUACUGUACGCUUGAUGUAUACAUGUAACUAUAAAAAGUUAAAUUGUAUGUUUUA